ACUCCUCUCACUCUGACUCGGAGCAGCAGUGUGUGCGUCAACAUAACCGCGGAUCACCGUCUCUGCUGCUGCUGCUGCUGCUGUGAUGAAGAGGCAGAAGCUGAGGAGGAGGAGGAUGUCGCUGUCCUGCUGCUGAUCGGGACCGUUAAAUACCGUCCAACCCCCUAACCGAACGAAUGCUCCCACGUCGGAUCUUUGGAAACCGACAAAAAAGCCCCACGACUCUCUCUCUCUCUCUCUCUCUCUCUCUCUCUCUCUCCACUGCAACAACAACGAGGUGAACGCGUCCUACAGCCUCACAUCGUGACAUGAUGGGGGACUCGCGCUGCACUUCCCACAGAGCCACUGGAGCAGUUUUCGGGAGAAUGAGCUUAGCCACACUCGUACCUUUUGCGCUGUUGUUACCGACACUGAGAGUCAGUGCGCAGUUGAUAGGAAGCCCCCUGGACUGCCACAAGACCUGCGUGUGUGCCAGCAACAUUGUCAGCUGUUCCAAGGUGAAUCUAACCAACGUUCCCACGGGUCUUCCACGGUAUACAGCUGUUCUGGACCUUAGCUUCAACUCCAUCACCAGGCUGCGUGCCGAGUGGACUCCUGUGAUACUCGGCAGACUGCACAGCCUCAGUCUCAACAACAAUGGACUCACGUUUCUGUCCUCGGAGGCAUUUGUGUCGGUGAAAAAGCUUCAGUACCUGGACCUGUCGUCCAACUGCAUCCGCCUGCUGGACGAGUUUAUCUUUGAGCCGCUGGAGAACCUGGAGGUGCUACUGCUUUACAACAACUGCAUCUCUCAGAUAGACCGCACCGCUUUCUCCAGCCUCGUCAAUCUGCAGAAGCUCUACCUGAGCCACAACCAGAUCUCACGGUUCCCCUUGGAGCUGGUGAAGGAGCGGAGCCGGCUGGAAACUCUCAGGCUCCUGGAUGUUUCCUCCAACCGGAUCAAAGUCUUGCCCCUGCAUGAGCUCCAAGCGCUGCCCGCCUGGAUCAAGAAUGGCCUGUUCUUUCACAACAACUCUCUGCCCUGCACCUGUCAGCUGUAUGACAUGGUGGCACGCUGGCACCUGAGGGGGCUCAUCUCUGCUACUGACUUCAGGAGCAGCCACAUCUGUUUGUUACCAGGGCAGAAGAAGGAGAAAAUGGCCAUAAUGGAUCUGAACAAGGUCAGUUUGAACUGCAGUGAGGUCAAAGUUUUGGAUGAAGAAGCAUUCCUUGAGCAGUUCCUGGUGCUGGACUGUGAUACCAGGCAGAGGGACAUGCAGAAGAGCUGGGUGCUGCCUGGAAACGUCCCACUGUCUGCAGCAAACACGACUGCGGUGAUGAGGCAGGACAGCAGCAUCUCCAUCGGGCCCCUGAGGGCAGAAGACUCGGGUGUCUACACCUGCUAUGCCACGAGUGACUCCUUCAACGAGACGCUCUAUGUAACUGUCGUGGUCUUCAAUUCCACCAAGAGCAGUGGUCUGGAGAACCUCAAAACAGCCUACACCACGCUUGUAGCAUGUCUGGUCAGUUUAGUUAUGAUUCUCAUCUACCUCUAUCUCACACCCUGCAACUGCCCUUGCUGUCCAGGUUAUGGCCUGGAAAAGACCGACCCCAGAGACAGCCUCAACUCGUCCACUGUCAGCAUCGCUCAAGCAUGCAAGGACACGGGGCAAGAGAGCCUAGAAGGCAGCGGAGGAGGCUUCCCCUUCAGUCACAUGGGCUUCCAGGAGAUCAAGGACCAGGUGGAGCACAAUGGGAGGUUGAAUCCAAUAGGUGAGGAAGACGAGGAGUUGCAGGGGGAAAACAGGGAUAGGAGGAGGUCUGACGCGGAGUCUGUGAGCUCUGUGUGCUCCGACACCCCCAUGGUGAUGUGACGGCUCGAUCCAGUCCAAUGCCUCACAGAGAUUUGUUGGCUUUGCAUAAUUGUGUGCGAGAUUCAAAUGUUUUAUCUUCCAAAGCAAAGCUUGAGCUCUCGUCGGCUCUCACGGUCGGUUGCACAGAUUCAUGUUCUGUUGAUGGGAAAUGAAUUUUCUUAAAAAAAAUAUACCUCACAGCUUUCAUUUAAUGCACAUAGAUAUACGCAGUUAGGUAAAUGAUGUAUCGCCUUUAUCUUAACAUUUUGCAAAAAGUGGCAUUUUCGAUGACACAAAAAUAAUUAAUAUGGUGAGGAUACGUUAUAAAUCACAAUUUUUAUAUAAUUUGUCAGUCUCAUAGUCGUUAACAUUUACCGCAAAACAUUGGCUGAACUUGCAUGUGCAAGUUUUGACUGAAGUCCUUUUGAAAACACACUUGCUAUCAGCAACAAUUACCCAGAGACAAACAGCAUGCAAACAUCUUUGGUCAUAUUAAUAUCACGAGACUGCACAUUCCACUGAGAAUCUUAACACUACAAAAUAACUAACUAGAAGAUUUUAAAGCUGCUACUUAAAAAGAGAAACCAGGUUUCAUUCCACUGUGAAUUGUUCCUGUAUUUAUUCGUAAAUUACAUUCCUGUUUGGUUCUAAAGAUGACUCCUAUUAUGCAAUUUUUAUCAGUUUAAAACAUUUCCCUGUGUGUACGUUUGUGUAUGUGUUAACUAAAUGUUUUUGAACACGUGCUAUUUUGAACAUUUUGGGCACCUCUGCUUUAGUACAUUAAAUUUUGUUGAAAUUUCUCCGCCAGUUAAGGAAAAACUAAAGAUUUUCAGGCUAAACCAUACAAUAUCUAUUGUUGUAGUUGUUCCUAUAUUAUUAUUCAGGUUGAUUUAGGAAAUGACAGUUUCCAAUUCAGAAAAUAAACGCAUCGUAAUAAAUUGAAGCUCUUUCAAAUCUCAAGCAGUCAUGUCAAGUAAACACAAAUUAACACCUUGGGAGGUUUGAGAAUAGUGGCAAAUUUUUAGCCAAAUAUUAUGGAAAUAAAAGUACUAUAAUGGCAGUUUGUCCCAAUUGUGGUUUGAACUGAAAUUAUAUGAACAAAUAGCAAGAAAUAAAAUGGACUUUUAUGAUGCAGUAUAAAAAUGUUGUGUUCAGAGUGACAUUCAUAUCAGUGAAAAACCUUCCAUACUGGACAGUUGAAAGCAGCCAGAGAGAGUAUUUACCACGGUGGUAAAUGCUCUGUACUAAUGUACUGCCUACACUCAAUGGCUCUAGACAUCAGAGCCAAGCCCAGAGCAAAUCAACAAACAUCAGCCUAACAUCCCAUAAACACAGGCAGAAAUAGCAGCUUGUAGCACAGAAUAGAAUACUAAAAUAAUAAUUGAAACCAAAUACAAGGAAAUGAUUAAAGCAUGAGUCUGUAAUUUGUUUACAGACUUUAUUGUGCCAUUUGUUCAGAUGCUCUUAAAAUCCAGACAGCCACCAAUAAUUAAAUCUGAUGAAAAGUAAUAAUUUUCACCAACAAUAUAAACACACACACGAGCACUGUAAGUCGCUUUGGAUAGAAGCGUCUGCUAAAUGACAUGUAAUGUAAAAAAAUGCUGAAAAUGUUUCAAAUCGGAUAGAAUUUGUGAAAUCUGAAAAUAUGUCGCAUUUCAAAGUUUGCUUGGAUGAACAAAAACACUCCAUUUACAGUUAUUGGAUCACAAUUAUUGCUACUUUAUAUCACUACCAAAAAAAUGCAAUAUAAACAUGCUAUGUCGACAAUGAAGUCUGCUAGCUUAAAUGCUAACACGUUAGCAAUAAAAUUCGCUAGCUUAAAUGCUAACGUGUUAGCAAUAACGUUCGCUAGCUUGAAUGCUAACGUGUUAGCAAUAACGUUCGCUAGCUUAAAUGCUAACGUGUUAGCGACAAAGGCCGCUAGCAUAGCAGAAGUGAAGUGAUCGGCGUCGGUAUGACCAGAAGUCUUUGUCUUCUUUAAGAAGUAAAGACAAAGAUUUGUGCUGUAACUGCCAUGAUUUAGUUCUUCUUGAGCACUAAGGGUUAAACAUGUAU